CUCUCUCUCUCUCUCUCUCUCUCUCUCUCCUCUCUCUCUCUCUCUCUCUCUCUCUCUCUCUCUCUCUCUCUCUCUCUCUCUCUCUCUCUCUCUCUCUCUCUCUCUCUCUCUCUCUCUCUCUCUCUCUCUCUCUCUCUCUCUCUCUCUCUCUCUCUCUCUCUCUCUCUCUCUCUCUCUCUCUCUCUCUCUCUCUCUCUCUCUCUCUCUCUCUCUCUGGUGCACAACUCCUCGGGUUUUCUUUAUCCACUCUCUUAGUGAGAGCGCAUCGUCCAGUGGCGCGUCAUCAAUUCGCCAACAACUGCUUUUUUUAUUUCCUUUCUUUUCCCCCAAGACACGUCUCUGUAAUACCUGAACAUGUCGGGAGGACUGAAUACAUUGACCUACGGCACCUAACCGCACAUUUCGAUUAAGAGAAUGUACAUCCAUGCGCGCUGAUGUGGCCAUAUGGCACGCUUUACGCAAGGCAGAUAACCAACAUUGUGGACUAAAAUCCAACAGAAGAUGGAUUAAACAAGGAAGUUUAUUUUUCUUUUACCUUAUUUUGGGGGGAUUCGGCGAUGGCUGCACUACGGAGGAAAUUCGGCGAGGACUACCAGGUGGUGAACACGAGUCAGGCGACCACUUUCACAGCACCGGUCAAAAAGAAGCGCCAGCGCUUCGUGGAGAAGAACGGUCGUUGCAACGUCCAGCACGGGAACCUCGGAGGGGAGAGCAGCCGGUACCUCACGGACCUCUUCACCACUCUGGUCGACCUGAAAUGGCGAUGGAACAUGCUGAUCUUCAUCCUGACCUACACCAUCGCUUGGCUUGUGAUGGCUUCCAUGUGGUGGAUCAUCGCCUACAUCAGGGGAGACCUGAACCACGGCCACGACGCGUCGUACACCCCGUGCGUGGCCAACGUGUACAACUUUCCCUCCGCUUUUCUGUUCUUCAUCGAGACCGAAGCCACCAUCGGGUAUGGCUACCGGUACAUUACGGAGAAGUGCCCGGAGGGGAUCAUCCUGUUCUUGUUUCAGUCGCUGUUGGGCUCCAUCGUGGACGCCUUUCUCAUCGGCUGCAUGUUCAUCAAGAUGUCCCAGCCCAAGAAGCGCGCCGAGACGCUGAUGUUCAGCCAGGAGGCAGUCAUCUCCCAGCGCGAUGGGAGGCUGUGCCUCAUGUUCCGCGUUGGCAACCUUCGGAACAGCCAUAUGGUGUCCGCGCAGAUCAGGUGCAAAGUCAUCAAGUCUCGUCAGACCCCCGAGGGGGAGUUCCUGCCCCUGGACCAGUGUGAGCUGGACGUGGGGUUCGGGACGGGGGCGGACCAACUCUUCCUGGUGUCCCCCCUGACCAUCUGCCACGAGAUCAACCCCAAGAGCCCCUUCUUCGACCUGUCCCAGCGCUCGCUGAAGAACGACCAGUUUGAGAUCGUGGUGAUCCUGGAGGGCAUCGUGGAGACCACAGGCAUGACGUGCCAGGCCCGGACGUCCUACACGGAGGACGAGGUGCUGUGGGGCCACCGCUUCCUGCCCGUCAUGUCCCUGGAGGAGGGCUUCUUCCGCGUCGACUACUCCCAGUUCCACAGCAACUUCGAGGUGCCCACGCCGCCCUACAGCGUCAAGGAGCACGAGGAGCGCGCCGCCCUGCCCUCGCCGCUCUCCACCGACACGCCCCCGCCCAGCCGGGGCCAGCGGCGCGAGCGCGUCUUCUCCGUCGACUGCAUCCGCAGCGUGGAGGAAGGGGUGGGCCGGGGCCCGCUGGGGGGCCGCCUGCCCAGCAAGCUGCACCGGAUGAGCUCGUCGGGCCGCGAGGACCUCCAGAGGAAGGUGCUGCUGCUGAGCUCGCAGCACGCCGAGAAGGCCUGCAGCACGGGGGACCUGCCCCUCAAGCUGCAGCGCCUCGGCGCCUGCUCCCCCACGCCGCCCAGCCCGGAGGCCCCGCGCCUGCCGCUCAGCGCGCUCAAGGUGGGCUUCGAGCCCAUGACCCAGUCCACGGGGGAGCUGUACCGGCCGGACGCGGCGGCGGCGGCGGCGGCGGCGUUGGCGCCUCGCGCCUGCAGCCCCGUGCCGGCCUCCGCCGCGGGGAGGACAGAGGACAAUCUGCCCCUGAAGCUGCGCAGGAUGAACGCCGAUCGCUGACACUGACACACAUCCCCCCCCCCCCACCUUCCCCGAGUCCUGCCCUGUCCUCGUCUUCACCCCACCAGCCCGGGACCCCCCGCCCGCCCGCCCCUCCCUCCCUCUCCCACCUCCUCCCCCCUGAACCAGACAGACACUGCCUGCAGGCUUUCACUGCCCCCCCACCAGAAGGCUCGCCCAGAGCUGGUUCAGAGUCUCUCUGCUUCAGCCCGAGUCUCUGAAGGGGAUGAAUAUGAAGAAGGGAUGGAUCAUAGAUUAUUUUCUUGUUGAGGAGCGACCUACUGGGACGACUGUGAUAUACUGUAUUUAAUGUUUUUAAUAGAAAAAUUCAUACUGUUUCAUUCGGUCGCGCACAAAGCGCUGAGAUACAUACAUACAUGCAUGCAUGCACGCAGACACGUACGCACACACACACACACACACACACACACACACACACACACACACACACACGCCCAGGUACACACACACACUGACAGGUACACACACACACCUACAUUAGAAGAUGACUUGUGCAUGUAUACACUUAAUCAUUAUGUGAGCACCACUGCACUGGUUAGUUGAUCUCUUUGUUUCAAGUCGAUAUAAAUUCAAUUAAGAAGGCGAAAAUAAAUUAUUGUCAAGCUUUCAGUUA